AUGGCCAAUUCCCCAGAUUCCCGCGAAGGAUUGAGUCCCUCGCCGUCCAACAUCCUCGAUAUCUUUUCCGUUGACGAUGACGAUGAUGACGGCGAAAGUUACCACCCCACCGAGGAACAUAGUACCGACGCAGGUGGCACGCAGGAUGAAGACAGCGACGCUGAUUUCACUGAUGCCCAGGAGACUUUACACGGCAUUGAAAUAAUCUACGAAGGCGGAGAUGAUGACGAGGAAGAUGAAGAUGAAGAUGAGGGAAAUCACACCGAAACUGAAAAUGAUGGUGGUGCUACGGGCUCGCGGACAGCCACCCGACCUUCCCCAGUGACUGUUAAUGACAUCCGAGGCCUACUUAAUGCCAGUGCGCCUCUUCGGCAACUUAUUCUUAGUCGGUACCGCCUGUUAGGCCCGAACGGUCGAGACCUCUUCGCCGACGAUGAUGAUGACGACGAUGACGAGCCGUACGGAUAUGGCGGUUUCAGUCGCCGUCGGCGGGUUCAACGACAAAAGCCAAAGGGUGACCGCUUCCCCAAAAUCCCGAGCGAAGCUGGAAAGGCGCUGAUGAACUCGGGUGCUUAUGGUUGUCGAGACACAUACUUGGACAUCCGACGCAAGAGACGACGUACAGUCAGUGAACGCCUACUAUGGAGACGUCUGGGGUUAGAGGCACGAUCCACCAUGAGACGGCAGAACAAUCUCAUCGCCCAAGAUCAAGUACCCAACUCCAACACUGCCGACAAGAUCAUCCACUAUGACUCGCGAGCCUACUCGGGUCAGUUUUCCGACGACGGGAAUUUCUUCUUUAGCUGCACACAGAACUUCAAGGUUCGGAUGUACGAUACAUCCAACCCUUAUGAGUGGAAAUACUACAAGACAGUCGAUUACCCCUUUGGACAAUGGACGAUCACAGAUGCGACACUGAGCCCGGAUAACAAGUGGCUGGCAUAUUCCUCGAUCAGGCAUACGGUGUGCCUCGCCCCGACCGACCCAACGGACCACUCGGACCAUACUUUGUUGGAUUUCACCAACUUUGCUCCUGGAUCAGGAAUGGGCCGACCGACCUACGGGUACAUGGGCCGGCAUGGUUUUGGUAUCUGGUCCUUGCGUUUCAGUGGUGACGGAAGGGAGAUUGUCGCCGGAACAUCAGAUCACUCGGUCGUGGUGUAUGACUUGGAGCGUGGUCAGUCGACUGUUCGUCUUUCGAACCACGAAGACGAUGUAAAUGCGGUCUGUUUUGGUGACAAAUCCUCACCCCACAUCCUUUACUCGGGUAGUGACGACCAAACGUUGCGAGUUUGGGACAGACGAUCAAUGGCGGAUGGCCGUCCCGCCGGCAUUUUCGUCGGCCAUACAGAGGGUCUCACGUACGUUGACUCAAAGGGCGACGGUCGCUACGUCCUCUCCAACGGCAAGGAACAGAUGAUGAAGCUUUGGGACCUUCGGAAAAUGAUUUCUCCAAACGAAUUCUCCAAGAUCGACAUCCGUUCGUACACCACAAACUUUGACUAUCGAUUCUCUUCGUACGAUGAAGACGACUACGUUCCCAAUCCCAAAGAUUGCAGUGUAGUAACAUUCCGGGGCCACUCCGUCCUCAAGACACUGAUCCGGUGUCACUUUUCGCCUCCAGGGUCUUCCAACUCUCGGUAUGUGUACAGUGGCAGUGAGGAUGGAAAGGUAUACAUCUGGAAUAUGGAUGGUACCCAGAAGGCCACAAUCGACGUCUAUGCAGCAACGAGGCACACGAGACCGAGAAAUGAUGGAAGUGACGGCUUCGGCGGUGGAGGCUAUGGGUACGAACUACACGGACAUCACAACAGUGUGUGGAAGACAUGCGUCAGGGAUGCAAGCUGGAGUCCCACUGCGCCAGUUCUGGCUGCCACGUCUUGGAACGGCUGGGGUAUGGCUACGGGCACAGUCUCCGUACAUUCCUGGAACGACGGCGCCGAGGACGACGAGGCUCUUCCGGCCAUGUCUUCGAACUACAACGCCCGCCUCGAUCCCCGAGAGGACUUUGACAACGCCAUGCGCCGCGCUAGAGGUGGAAACCGGGGCGACCCGACCAACAGCAGUCCCUCUACGACGCGGAGUCGCGCCGAGGGCAGAGGUCUGAGGAGCAACGUCGUCCGGCCUGCCAGGUUUGGUGACGACGAGGGCGGUGGAGGCAACAUCUGGUGA